GUUUAAUCUAAGAUCGACUCAACUUACUUCGCGGGUAAAUUCAAGGCGUGACAAUAUCUGUCACACAUGUAGCCUCAGACAUGGCAGCAUACUACAAUGAUACCUCCGAUCUUGUUCCCCGGGUGUCUUAUUACCGGCCUCCAUACUCAACUCAUCAUGAUUAUGAGGGAAUUCCACCUACAAUCCUACCAGCAGGUACUUUACUACACAAAGGCUUCUAUGAUCUACUCGCCAUGAUCCCCACCCCCUCCCCAUCCCGAUUUCUCUGGGGUGGUGGUGGUGGAUCUAACCAAGCUCUGCCUACAGACGGAGAGAGUCCACGUCAUGAGGGCAUCAAUCCAAAAUCCCGUCACAUGCCUGGAUCUUCUCCCCUAAAGAAGGGUAGAAGAGUCAGUAAAGCUAUGGUCUCCAGGCCCACGGAUUUCGUGCAUCUUGUUCACGCUUCGGAUGCCGGUCAGGCAGAAGCCCUUUUGACUCGCUGGGGUCCAGAUGGUUUGGGAAAGCUCGGAGACCCGCGUUGGGCAGAUCCAAUAAAGUCUCGAGUAAGGCAAACAAACCAGGCCAGGGCCGUUAACGAGGUCAUCAAUGCACUUAAACCGUCUCAAGAUAGCGCAGGCCAGCCACCUCCCCUUAGAGUCAUCAACGGCAUGAGCACUACUACUUCGUCUACCAUAACCACCGCUGCCCGUGAAAAUGUCCACUUUUCACCCGCGGAUGCCUUGCCGGGGCGCCCAGGAAAUUCUACCAUAAAAUGGGGCGGAGGCCUCAUAGCUCAUCCAGAAGUCGGCGAAUUCGAUGAUGACCUGAGCCUUACCCUUCCUGGCCCUUCACCAAGACCAAUAACUCCAUCAUUGGCUACCUUGGAGAAGGCGGUGUCCGCCCGGAUCUACUUUGAGAACCUUUACUUUCCCCUUCUUCGGCAGCCACCUUCUCGAGAACAGCGAAGAAUUGCCAUGGAAAAGGAUAUGGUUAUCAUGCACUUUAGCGAAGAUCAGAAAGAAGCCUUACGUUCUCAGUGGCGCCAAAACGAAACAGAAUAUCUUCGCGAACGCCGAAGGAAAGUCGAUGCCACAGCGUUCAUCAAACUAAAAACCAUAGGCCACGGUGCAUUUGGGGUUGUGUCCCUGGUCAAAGAGCGAGUCACGGGACAAUUGUUUGCCAUGAAACAGCUAAGGAAGACUGAUAUGCUUCGCAAAGGGCAAGAAGGCCACGUCCGUGCAGAACGUGAUAUCUUGAAAUCUGCCUCGCUCGUCGCUUCGCCCGGUGGCGCGGAGUGGAUCGUGAAGCUGCACUACAGUUUUCAGGACCGCGAUAAUCUGUACUUGGUAUUGGAAUUUAUGGGCGGUGGGGAUCUCCUGAAUCUUUUGAUCGAGAGAGACGUUUUUGAGGAAGACUUUGCUCGUUUCUAUGUCGCUGAGAUGAUUUUAGCCAUCGAAACUUGUCAUAAACAUGGUUUCAUUCAUCGUGACAUUAAACCUGAUAACUUCCUGUUUGAUCCGCAAGGACACAUUCGUCUAAGUGACUUCGGACUUGCGACUGACCUGCACUGGGCCCAUGAUACUUCCUAUUACGAACAACAGCGGCGUCAGUUGUUGCACAAGCACGGGAUAGACCUUGAGGAAAGCAACGGCAUCGGGGAUGGAACCAGAACCAAACGAAUGGACCGCAAGGAUGUCGAAUUACUGAUGGGCGACGGCAACGGCCAAAGUGGUAUAUUCACUUGGCGAGAAAAAAAUCGCAGGAAGCUAGCAUACUCUGUCUGCGGGACAAAUUCUUACAUGUCGCCAGAAGUCAUCAGAGGCCUUGGCUACUCGUUUUCCUGUGACUGGUGGAGCUUAGGCGUUAUCAUGUUUGAAUGCCUGUAUGGAUAUCCCCCAUUCGUUAGCAACUCCAGGCACGUCACCCGUCAGAAGAUUCUGAACUGGAAGCAAUCCCUCAAGUUCCCCUCUCGCCCUCGUGUCUCGGGUGAGGGGGUGAAUCUGAUGCAGCAACUCCUUUGUGAGCCUGAGGAUCGCCUUGGAAGUCAGGCUCCAGCAUCCGUAUCGCGCCCAGGCUCCCUCGCCGUUCACGCACGACGCAGCGGCUUCAUCCUGCCAGGGACUACGGUCGGCAGUGUUGAUGGUGUAGAUGCAAUCAAGGCCCAUCCCUGGUUCCGAGGAAUAGACUGGGAAAAUAUACACCGCUAUCCUGCACCAUAUCGUCCAGAUUUGCAGAGCCCAGAAGAUACACGACACUUCGACUCCGACAUCCCACCAGUGCCGUUGGUUCCCGCAAACGGAGCGCCAGCAGAUGCGACGAAAGACCCCCUACUCAGGGACAGGGUCCACGGGGAAGAAAUUCUAAACGUCCGCAAGGCCCUCGCAUUUGCGGGGUUCACGCACAAGAGCCCUCGAGCGAUCAGUUACGCUCGUGCUGAUCGUGCAUUUGAUGCACAAACGGAUAUUCCCGACCCAGAACGGGGCGAACGAGGUCGUCCACGGUUUCGCAGUGUACACGAGGCUGGCACAGGCCGGGCUAUAUCGCUUUAGUGUGGUGCAUGUCCGGGGACCCUGACAGGGGUGGCUGUGUGUGGCGCCUCCACUUUGCCAUGCGGCAUCGUCGAGGCUAUGACGAC